UGCCCUGCCUGCCAGCAAGUUACUCAUCAUCCAGGAAUGAGGUGGCUGAGGAUGCAACUGUGUCACUUUGUCAGUAUUGGGAAGAAAGGGUUAAAAGCAGGAGACUGGCAAGGAGGACUGUAAAUGACUCAAGUGACCUUGCAGAUGGGAAUAACUCUUGAUGAGCCUGUGUGAAUACCAGCCCAGUGAUCCUCUAACAUGGAUCGAGUUUAAUGGUGCCUGCAUCUCCACUUGUGUACCUCUGCCUGGGUGUUGCUUCAGGGAUCCCCUGGUUAGCAAGGUUUUCUCAAAUAAUGAUGAAGCCCUUAUUAACAAAAAACUACCCAAAGAACUUCUGUUAAGAAUAUUUUCUUUCUUGGACAUAGUUACUUUGUGUCGCUGUGCACAAGUUUCCAAGGCAUGGAAUGUUUUAGCUCUGGAUGGAAGCAAUUGGCAAAGAAUAGACCUCUUUAACUUUCAGACGGAUAUAGAGGGUCGUGUUGUGGAAAAUAUAUCGAAAAGGUGUGGUGGGUUCCUGAGACAACUUAGUCUGAGAGGAUGUCUUGGUGUUGGAGACUCCUCUUUAAAGACCUUUGCACAGAACUGCAGAAACAUCGAACACUUAAAUCUAAAUGGGUGCACAAAAAUCACUGACAGCACGUGUUACAGUCUUAGCAGAUUCUGUUCCAAGCUGAAACAUCUGGAUCUAACGUCUUGCGUAGCCAUCACAAACAGCUCUUUGAAAGGCUUGAGUGAGGGUUGCAGAAAUCUGGAACAUUUGAAUCUUUCCUGGUGUGAUCAGAUUACGAAGGAUGGUAUUGAAGCACUGGUGAAAGGGUGUAGUGGACUAAAAGCUCUAUUUCUUAGAGGUUGCACACAGUUAGAAGAUGAAGCACUGAAACACAUUCAAAAUCACUGUCAUGAACUUGUAAUCCUGAAUUUGCAAUCCUGUACACAAAUUUCAGAUGAAGGCAUUGUAAAAAUCUGUAGAGGAUGCCAUAGACUCCAAUCACUCUGUGUUUCAGGCUGUAGCAACCUCACAGAUGCUUCUCUCACAGCACUUGGUCUAAACUGUCCAAGGCUGAAGAUUUUGGAAGCUGCAAGAUGUUCACAUCUUACAGAUGCUGGGUUUACCCUUCUAGCACGGAAUUGCCAUGAGCUGGAGAAGAUGGACUUGGAAGAGUGUGUUUUGAUAACUGACAGCACAUUGAUACAACUUUCCAUACACUGCCCUAAACUGCAAGCCUUGAGCUUAUCUCACUGUGAACUGAUCACUGAUGAUGGGAUCCUUCACCUGAGCAACAGUACGUGUGGUCACGAGAGGCUACAGGUACUGGAGCUUGACAACUGUCUUCUCAUCACUGAUGUGACUCUGGAACACCUGGAGAACUGCCACAACUUGGAGAGAAUUGAGCUGUACGACUGUCAGCAAGUCACGCGAGCUGGAAUCAAACGAAUCAGAGCUCAUCUACCUCACGUGAAAGUUCAUGCUUACUUUGCUCCAGUAACUCCCCCUCCCUCGGUCGGAGGGAGUGGACAGCGCCUCUGCAGAUGCUGUAUUAUUCUUUGACAGUAAGUGCAACCACACAGAAAAUUCUGUCGUUGGUGAAGAAAGGGACUGCAAGUCAGCGGAAGGAGGCAGUUUCCUGACAGUCCUAAUGAUGGUGUUUGGUCAUCCAGUUUUGUGACAAGAAAAGCGUUUGGUUUUUUUUUUUUUUUUCCAGGUAAAAAUCUUAAUGUAAUGUGCAGCUGUGGAUUAAGUUGGUGAUGCUUUGGUUUGUAUUAGUAACUCCUUCCUUCUGUUGGCAUGAGAACUGCAGUACCGUGUAAAACGUGUGGGCAUUGCAGCAUAGCAGCCACUUGGUGAAAGGUCACUCAACUUGGGAGUUAAUUUGCAUUUGUAAGCGCUACUCCGUGUGAAGUUCUAACUUGACAUGAGGCUCGAGUCCGUCACACCAAGGAACUGAACCUGCUGUUCUGUAACAUACACGACAGAUUAAAUAUCAGGUGUAAGGACAAAUCAGCUUUAGCAGAUGUUGACCAAAAAAAUGCAAAGUAAUCGUAAGCUCUUACAGUGAAACAGCAGCUUAUUCUUUUUCAUGAUUCAGCUUCAUAUUUAAUUACAUAACAGGACAUAAUAGGUAAUGUCAAAAGGUAAGAUAGUACCUCAAGAUAACUAUAUAAAUAGAAAUACUUCCCAAGUUUUUGGACUUGGUUCAGUUGAACUAUGCUCGUACAAAGCUUGCCCGUCACCAAACGCACGUUUAUGCCCAAAGCCAUCGGCCUUUAACAGGGGUAAGAAAUCCACUGUGGUAGAGCUUGUGCACUCUACUGUAACUGGCUGCCACAACCAUACAUGGUGCUGACUGUAACGCCAUUCCUGUGUGUCCUCAGUUACCUCUGUGGUUUGUAAGGAAAGGAUGCAGCAGUUCUAGGAAGAGGGAUGUAUUAUACGUGCUGUUCUACAGAUGAAGAAUGGAAACCAGGUUCAGCUACAGGAAAUAACAACGGAGCAAGGAAUUCAAGCUGUUUGUCCCAUCCAUUUUAGGGACAAGCAUAGGACAAACUCUGUAGGCAGGAGUUGAACCAAACCAAACCUGUGGUUUUCAAAUGUAAAAGCCCAACUCUUCAUGUUUGGGGUAAGAAGCUGUCAACUUCUGAAUGAUAAUGAUAAUGAUGAAAUCUAUGUAUUAACUCUUAAGGCCAUGCUUUCAUCCUUAGUUUUUCAGUGCUAGAGGAUUAGAUAAACUUUUUUAUAUUAAGCAACUUAAUUAUCUGAGAGAAACUACUCGACAGUUCAGAAAGCUUUUUUUGUGUAAGUCUGAUUGUGUGUGUGUAUGUUUUAAGAGUUCAGGGCCUGUGUUUACUGAAAAUUAAAAAGCAGUUGGAAAAGCUACUACUGGAUAGUAAUGCAACUUCCCCCCCCUCCCCCCGCCAAAUUUUAAGCUACUUCUAAAAAGGAGUGUGAACAUGAGACUUCUAUGGAUAGCAACAGCCGGGUUGCAUUCAUGAUUCACAGAGGAUGGGGACAGUAAAUUAAGACCUCAACUUCGGGGUUAAAUUAUAGCUUAGAGUACAGUACAUGGAUUUCUUUACUACUCCAAAGUAAGCCAAUCUGGGCUUCUUUUGCACAGUAGUGGAGUGCUGUUACAAUCGUACACCUAGAGUUCCAUGAAGACACUGCUAUUGUCAUAAGAGAGUUUUAAGCAGAUUUUAUUUUCAACUGUACCAGGAAAGUCAAUGGUACCAAUAUGUCAAGAUGUGUUGCCUUUUGUUGGCUCAUUUUUUUCUAAGAACAUAAUGAACCUUGUAAAAGUCCAUUGCAUUAAAGAUGUACAAAAACAAAUGGAACCUACUCAGAUAUAGGACACUUAAAUAAACAAUCAGCUGAUGUCAAA